UAAUUAGUUGAAUCAAGUGUGCCAAAUUAGGGUCGAAAUGAAAUCCUACAGGACAGUGGAUCUCCAGGAGCAGGGUUGGUCAGCCCUGAUCUAAACUGCUCUCUUGACUGCAGGAUCCAACAACUCCCUUUACACCGCAUUUGAAUAUUACACAAAAAUGACCCAAAUAACCCAAAUAUCAGGCAACACUCUGUUUUGAUCAAGUGCACUUCAAGGCUUUAAGGAGCUCCAGCGUUAUGGUGGAGCAGGUGCGGGGUUACUAUGUCGACUGGAGGAUGCUACGGGAUGUAAAGAGGAGACAGAUGGCCUUUGAGUACGCCGACGAGAGACUACGUAUCAACGCACUCAGGAAGAACACUGUCCUUCCGAAAGAGUUACAGGAGGUAGCUGAUAAAGAGAUUGCAGCACUGCCGCGGGACAGCUGCCCGGUGCGCAUACGCAAUCGGUGUGUGAUGACAUCGCGGCCACGGGGCGUUAAGCGUAGGUGGCGCCUCAGUCGCAUUGUCUUCCGUCACCUGGCCGACCACAACCAGAUGUCCGGGAUCCAGCGUGCCAUGUGGUGACUUUUUAUCGGGAAACAACCGAUGGAAGAAGCUGCAGCGUUUUAUUCCACUGUAAAUCAUUUCUGUUUUGUAAUUAAUGUAUUACUUGUUGUGAAAUUAAUAAAGUGUAUGCCUGA